ACAAAUAUCUACGUGUCUCUCACACAUGGGAGUUGCGCUUCGUCAGUGGGUAGAGCACAAAUACAGUUCACUGGAAAGCAGGCGCACCAAUUUGCACACCAUUACUGUAAAUCUGAGCUCAACUCGCCUCGCCUCUUCGUCUCCUUGGUUCUUAGGAUUCUUGCACUCCAUCUGUUUGAUAAAAGUCUAUGGCGACUGGGUGCUGCGUUGCUGCUACUCACACUGACUGUGGGCUCGGCCGUUCUUGUAUUGGUUUGCCCUCUAUUUCUUCUAGGACUGCGGGUACUAGACAUAGUCAUGGCAGGUCCUUCAAGAUGAAGCCCAGUGGAGGGUGUCGAAUUCGGUGCCAGUCCACUAGUACGGAUGAGCGCAAAACAAGAAUGAAUUUGUUAGACAAUGCAAGCAAUCUCCUCACUAAUCUGUUGAGUGGGGGAAAAAUUGGGUCCAUGCCUACUGCUGAAGGUGCUGUUUCUGAUCUUUUUGGUCGGCCACUUUUCUUCUCACUGUACGACUGGUUCUUAGAGUAUGGCUCGGUGUAUAAGCUUGCUUUUGGGCCGAAAGCAUUCGUAGUUGUAUCAGAUCCCAUUGUGGCAAGGCAUAUUCUUCGUGAAAAUGCAUUCUCAUAUGACAAGGGAGUUCUCGCUGAAAUUUUGGAACCUAUAAUGGGAAAAGGACUAAUACCUGCUGACCUUGAUACUUGGAAACAAAGGAGAAGAGUCAUUGCUCCUGGGUUCCACACUUCAUACUUGGAAGCCAUGGCAAAAGUAUUUGUCGAUUGUUCUGAAAGAACAAUAUUGAAAGUUGAAAAGCUUAUAGAAGGAGAAGAGUCACAAGGUGGAAAAACAAUUGAAUUGGAUCUUGAGUCAGAAUUUUCAAAUUUGGCACUGGAUAUUAUUGGGCUUGGGGUUUUCAAUUAUGAUUUUGGUUCUGUCACCAAAGAAUCUCCAGUGAUCAAGGCAGUAUAUGGUACUCUUUUUGAAGCUGAGCAUCGGUCAACAUUCUAUAUUCCUUAUUGGAACAUUCCUCUGGCAAGGUGGUUAGUUCCCCGACAAAGGAAAUUCCGUAAUGAUCUUAAGGUCAUAAAUGACUGUCUAGAUGGUCUCAUAAAACUUGCGAAAGAGACCAGGCAGGAAGCAGAUGUUGAGAAACUGCAGCAGAGGGACUACCUAAAUCUUAAGGAUGCAAGUCUCUUGCGAUUUUUAGUUGAUAUGAGGGGUGCUGAUGCUGAUGAUAGUCAGCUAAGAGAUGACUUGAUGACAAUGCUUAUUGCUGGCCAUGAAACAACUGCAGCUGUCCUUACUUGGGCUGUUUUCCUGCUAGCACAACAUCCUUCCAAAAUGAAGAAAGCCCAAGCUGAGAUUGACGCGGUGCUUGGACAGGGAAGACCAACCUUUGAAUCACUCAAAAAAUUGGAGUACUUACGUCUCAUUGUCGUGGAGUCUCUGCGCUUGUUUCCACAACCUCCAUUGCUUAUUAGGCGUUCCCUUAAACCAGAUCAAUUACCAGGAGGUUACAAUGGUGACAAGGAUGGAUAUGCAAUUCCAGCUGGUACCGACAUAUUUCUUUCUGUGUAUAAUCUCCAUAGGUCACCAUACUUCUGGGACAAACCAAAUGAGUUUGAACCUGAGAGGUUUCAAGUUCGAAAAGAAAGUGAAGGAAUUGAAGGGUGGGCUGGUUUUGAUCCAUCUAGAAGCCCUGGAGCACUAUACCCAAAUGAGAUUAUAUCAGACUUUGCUUUCUUGCCUUUCGGUGGAGGACCAAGAAAAUGUGUCGGGGACCAGUUUGCACUCAUGGAAUCGACUAUAGCAUUGGCAAUGUUGCUGCAGAAGUUUGACAUCAAAUUGAAAGGAACGCCAGAGUCCGUGGAGCUUGUUACUGGUGCAACAAUUCAUACGAAGAACGGGUUAUGGUGCAAAUUGAAGAAGAGGUUGGAUGUGUGCUGAAUCUGAAAAUCCAUUGUUCUCGGUAAACUAUGCCUGUUCAAUACAACACUAUGGAGUUCGGUGCAGCAAAUGCAAUGAAGAGUCACUAAUUUCUGAAGAAGAAGAAGAAGAUAAUUCAAGUCAUAUUAUUCAGAUUUCUGAAGAGAUUGUUGCCCUUCUGUAGGUCUGUAUUUUAUAAUUUUGUAAAAUAAUGUAUUUUGUAUUUUAUAAUUUUGUAAAAUAAUGUAUUAAUCAGAGGUGUAGUGUAGCAGGGGGUAGCACCAGAUUGAAUUUAACAGUGGAGAAAGGAAGCUUUCAAUUCAAUAAAAUAUCAGGCGAUUGCUUCAUUGCUUGGCAUUAUUUUA